CUGCUGCAAUGUUGACGGUCUCGAUUAAUAUUAUCGAGCAUAGAAAUAGAACGCAUAGAACGCCCCGCACACCAUCGUUGUUUCAACCAGGGAGUUCGACACAACAAGAGAGAGAAGUAGAGCCACCCAAAUAACAUCAGAGGAAUAAAGCGACCGAAGAGAGGCUGCGAUAAACAUAGCUGUAUAUAGCUUAGCACGCAUGCUAACGUUGGCUUCUAGUUAGCUAGCUACGUCGCAACGGCCACGCAGAGAACAACAUCAGAAGGCGAUAGUUAGAAGACAGUGUUUACAACUGUAUUUCAAUGGUAUUUUUACAUAAAAGCAGGUUCGAGCAUUAUGUCCUGCUCUGGUAACCUGGUUUGGGAUGUUAACAAGCGUUCCAUUGGAUAUAAUGACCCGAAUGCUGUCAGGAUCAACUACUUAGGGAGAAGAGAAUUUGUCCAGCGGCUGAAACUCGAAGCGACACUCAAUGUGCACGAUGGCUGUGUCAAUACUAUAUCCUGGAACGAUACCGGGGAGUACAUCUUGUCAGGGUCGGAUGAUACCAACCUGGUCAUCACAAACCCAUACAACAGAAAGGUCAAGGCAACCAUACGGUCGGGUCACCGGGCGAACAUCUUCAGUGCUAAGUUCAUGCCUCAGACCAGUGACCAGCAGAUCAUCUCGUGCUCUGGGGAUGGUAUCAUCUACUACACCCACACAGAGAAGAGCCCCGACAUCAACCGGCAGUGCCAGUUCACCUGCCACUACGGAACAGCCUACGAGAUUAUGACGGUACCCAACGACCCCUAUACGUUCCUGUCGUGUGGGGAGGACGGCACCGUGCGCUGGUUUGACCUGCGCACAAAGACCAGCUGUACUAAAGAGGACUGCAAAGAUGACAUCCUGAUCAACUGUCGGCGGGCGGCGACGUCUAUCUCCAUCAGUCCGCUGGUGCCCUAUUACCUGGCGGUGGGCUGCUCUGACAGCUCCGUGCGCAUCUAUGACAGACGCAUGCUGGGCACCAGGGCUACGGGGAACUACAUGGGCCGUGGAACGACGGGCAUGUGUGUGCGCUUCGUUCCGGCCCACCUGUCCAACAAGUCGUGUCGUGUGACUUCACUCUGCUACAGCGGGGACGGACAGGAGGUGUUGGUCAGCUACUCUUCAGACUACGUCUACCUGUUUGACCCCAAUAAUGACCAGGCCCGAGAGCUGAAGGGUCCGUCCGAGGAGAGGAGGGAGGAGCUGCGGCAACCCCCAGUGAAGCGUCUCCGUUUACGAGGUGACUGGUCUGACACCGGUCCACGAGCUCGUCCUGAGAGCGAGAGAGAGCGGGACGGAGAGCAGAGUCCCAACGUGUCGCUGAUGCAGAGAAUGUCGGACAUGUUGUCCCGCUGGUUUGAGGAGGCCAGCGAGGCCCAGGGCAGCCGGGGGACCACACGCCCUCAGACACGCCCUACAGGCACUCUUCCUCGCAUAGAGGGGGCCCCCACCAUCCCAACACUCCCUACCAUACCCCCUCCACAAGCUGCCAGAGCCCUAGAGGGCUCUGUGGAAAUGGAGGCCUCCGCCGUCAACCCUGUACCUGUUCCCAUCUCCAAGUCCACCUCUUCCUCAGGGUCAUCGUCAACGGUUACAGCACAUCCUCCAUCAACCUCCUCAUCCAUGGAAAGCUCGGUGCUUCCCUCAUGCGCCCUCACCUCCACCCCAGAUUCAGAGCAGAGGAGUCAGGCAGACACGGCUGUGACCUCCACGCCAACACCCACACCCACCGCAGAGGCCACACUGUCUGAGUACGGCCCUCAUCGGCUGCCAGUAAGUUUAGUGUGUAGGCGCUUGCAGCGGCUGCUCCUGUUGGCCGACCCCCCAGGACAGAGUCAAUCCUCUUCCUCCACCGCAGGCACUGAGAGCCAAUCACAGGGGGCUGUUGCUGCUGCCACCAAGAUGGCCCCCCCUACAGAUUCUCCCUCGUCUGUGGUUAACAAACAGCUGGGAUCCAUGACUCUGGAUGAGCAGCAGGGAGCAUCAGAAGCUGUGAGUGCUGGAGCGAGUUCGGUCAAAGUGAAAACUCUGUCUGCGUCUGCCAGUGUAACUGGCACCUCGUCUGGGUCCGGGGCACCCAGCAGCAGUACUGGACCUGGAGGUAGCCGAGCCAGCACGGCAGAACCCAUCCUGAGUCUACACUACAGCACUGAGGGAACCACCACCAGCACCAUCAAACUGGACUUCACCGACGAGUGGAGCCGCAGAGCUCAUAGUUCCAGGGGCAGCGGAGCCUCCAGUUCCAGGGGCAGCGGAGCCUCCAGUUCCAGGGGCAGCGGAGCCUCCAGUGGAGAGUCCAAACCGUCAGAGGCAGCAGGGGCCGCCCAGACCAGGGAAGGGCCCUUGGCAGAGAGCUCUGCCUCAGAGAAGGUGGCUGUGUCGGAGCCCUCCGGCCAGAGCAGGUCUGCUGCUUCCCACACAGACCCACUGUGUGAGGCUGGGGGUGCCUCCUUCUCCAGCACCCAGGGCUCCACGCAGGCCCAGGCCACAGCACAAGCCUCCUCUGUGGGGGAUUGUGUGACUACCACACCCCUGGCGAGGAACCAGGGUGUGGGUGCGGAGGACACCACUGGGGGGUGCAGGAGAGAGGAGCCUGUGGGGGAGGAGGGGCAUGGGGGUCCAGGGGGGCAGGGGGUUCCAACGGGACCAGGAGGACAGGGUCAACCCUCCCGUAGCCACCAGGACUCAGACGACAGUGAUGACGAUCCAAUUCUUAUCCCCUCUGCGAGGUACAGAGGAGGACAGGGACAGAGAUCUAAUUUCAGAGGAUCAGCGGUAGGAGAUAGGAUGAUCAGACGCUCAGCUGCGGCCCGUAUCCAGGAACUGUUUCGUCGGAGGAAGGAGAGGAGAGAGAUGGAGGAGAGUGAGACCCAAAAUAUCAGGAGACCCUCAGUCAAAAUGGUCUACAAGGGCCACCGCAACUCCAGGACUAUGAUCAAGGAGUCGUGUUUCUGGGGGAACAACUUUGUGAUGAGUGGUUCAGACUGUGGCCACAUCUUCAUCUGGGACAGACACACGGGUGAGCACCUGAUGCUGCUGGAGGCCGACAAUCACGUAGUCAACUGUCUCCAGCCGCACCCCUACGACCCCAUUCUUGCCUCGUCAGGGAUCGACUACGACAUUAAGAUCUGGUCACCUCUGGAGGCGUCACCAUCCUUUAACAGAGUCCUAGCUGAUGAGGUGAUCACGCGUAAUGAGUUGAUGCUUGAGGAGACCAGGAACACCAUCACAGUCCCUGCCUCCUUCAUGCUGCGAAUGCUGGCCUCCCUUAAUCACAUAAGAACGGAUCGCUUGGAGGGUGACCGCUCAGAAGGUUCUGGACAGGAGAACGAGGAUGACCAGUAGCUGCCCGAACACCAUUUUAUUGGAAAAAGAAAACACCAUUUUUCUUUUGCUCUAAAAAGCACUUGAAGAUCUUGAGAUUUGUACAAGUAGAAUAUUUCUUUAUCUGAGCAUUAGUUACAUUUUUAGCUCUUCUUUUUUAAGAUGACUUUCUUACUGGUGUGUCUGUAUGAGAACUGCAUUUGAGGAAAAAAGUGUGUGAAUGCAAGCGCAAAGCCAGACGUGUGUUUGUGUGUGUGUGUGUGUGUGUAUAUAUAUAUACAGUUAAAGUUGCAAGUUUACAUACACCUUAGCCAAAUGCAUUUAAACUCAGUUUCACAAUUCCUGACAUUUAAGCCUAGUAAAAAUUCCCUGUCUUAGGUCAGUCACCACUUUAUUUUAAGAAUGUGAAAUGUCAGAAUGAUAGUGGAGUGAUUUAUUUCAGCUUUUAUUUCUUUCAUCACAUUCCCAGUGGGUCAGAAGUUUACAUGCUACCAAAUAGUAAUUGAGUGUAUUGCCUUUAAAUUGUUUAACUUGGGUCAAAUGUUUCAGGUAGCUUUCCACAAGCUUCCCACAAUAAGUUGGGUGAAUUUUGGCCCAUUCCUCCUGACAGAGCUGGUGUAACUGAGUCAGGGUGGUAGGCCUCCUUGCUCGCACACGCUUUUUCAGUUCUGCCCAUUUUCUAUGGGAUUGAGGUCAAGACUUUGAUGGCCACUCCAAUACCUUGACUUUGUUGUCGUAAAGCCAUUUUGCCACAACUUUGGAAGUAUGUUUGGGGUCAUUGUCCAUUUGGAAGACCCAUUUGUGACCAAGCUUUAACUUCCUGACUGAUGUCUUGAGAUGUUGAUUCAAUAUAUCCACAUAAUUGUCUUUCCUCAUGAUGCCAUCUAUUUUGUGUAGUGCACCAGUCCCUCCUGCAGCAAAGCACCCCCACAACAUGAUGCUGCCACCCCCGUGUUUCAGGGUUGGGAUGGUGUUCUUCGGCUUGCAAGCCUCCCCCUUUUUCCUCCAAGCAUAACGAUGGUCAUUAUGGCCAAACAGUUAUAUUUUUGUUUCAUCAGACCAGAGGACAUUUCUCCAAAAAGUAUGAUCUUUGUCCCCAUGUGCAGUUGCAAACCUUAGUCUGGCUUUUUUUAUGGUGGUUUUGGAGCAGUGGCUUCCUCCUUGCUGAGCGGCCUUUCAGGUUAUGUCGAUAUAGGACUCGUUUUACUGUGGAUAUAGAUACUUUUGUACCUGUUUCCUCCAGCAUCUUCACAAAGUCCUCUGCUGUUCUGGGAUUGAUUUGCACUUUUCGCACCAAAGUACGUUCAUCUCUAGGAGACAGAACGCAUCUCCUUCCUGAGUGGUAUGACGGCUGCGAGGUCCCAUGGUGUUUGUACUUGCAUACUACUGUUUGUACAGAUGAAUGUGGUACCUUCAAGCGUUUGGAAAUUGCUCUCAAGGAUGAACCAGACUUGUGGAGGUUUACAAUUUUUUUUUCUGAGGUUCUUGGCUGAUUUCUUUUGUUUUUCCCAUGAUGUCAAGCAACAAGGCACUGAGUUUGAAGGUAGGCCUUGAAAUACAUCCACAGGUACACCUCCAAUUGACUCAAAUGAUGUCAAUUAGCCUAAAUCAGAAGCCUCUAAAGCCAUGAAAUCAUUUUCAAGCUGUUUAAAGGCACAGUCAACUUAGUGUAUGUAAACUUCUGACCCACUGGAAUUGUUAUACAGUGAAUUAUAAGUGAAAUAAUCUGUCAACAAUUGUUGGAAAAAUGACUUGUGUCAUGCACAAAGUAGAUGUCCUAACCGACUUGCCAAAACUAUAGUUUGUUAACAAGAAAUUUGUGGUGGUUGAAAAACGAGUUUUAAUGACUUCAACCUAAGUGUAUGUAAACUUCCGACUUCAACUGUAUAUACGUGCGUGUAUAUAUAUAUAUAUGUGUGUGUGUGUAUGUAUAUAUAUAUAUAUAUAUAUAUAUAUAUAUACACACACAUACAAUAAGUGAAUAUUAUUUAGAUGACUUGUGUGUGAGGACGUUUAAAAGUGCAAUAUUAUUUUUGUCAGGAGCAAAUGAGCUUUGAUCAGUGUUAAGGUGUGAUUUCUUGUUUGUAGCGCAAGGCUGAGAACUCAAAUGUUUAUACUGUACUUGCAGUUAUGCAUGUAAACAUAAUUAUGCUUUAAGUAAACCAUUUUGUUGUUGAAAAGGUA